AUGCCGUCUUACAUUACAUCAAUUACUGCUGCGCAACGUCUGGAUUCAAGAGGCAAUCCGACUGUUCAGGUCACACUUACUACUGACAAAGGUACAUUCCGAGGUCUUGUGCCGUCUGGUGCAAGUACCGGCAUCCACGAAGCCCUUGAGCUUCGAGACACAGAAUCCGCUGCGUAUGGAGGCAAAGGCGUCCAACAAGCCGUUUUGAGUGUUAAAUCCACGAUUGCACCAGCACUCAUAGCGAAGAGAUUCAGUGUCGAGACACAGCAAAAGGAAAUUGACGCCUUUCUCUGCGAGUUAGAUGGCACGAAAGGCAAGAAACGACUGGGUGCAAAUGCUAUUCUCGGCGUCAGUAUGGCAUGUGCUAGAGCUGGAGCCGCUGCAGCUGGAAUUCCACUCUACGAGUUCCUCCGACAAGAAGCUGGAGCUCCGAAAGCUCCCUAUGUGUUGCCUGUUCCAUUCUUCAAUGUCUUGAAUGGAGGUGUGCAUUCUGGGAACACGAUGGCUUUCCAAGAGAUUAUGCUUGCGCCUGUUGGAGCAACCAGUAUGGCUGAGGCUAUUCAAAUGGGUGCAGAGACGUAUCAACAUCUGAAGAAGGUUAUAACAAAGAAGUUUGGUGCUUCUGCUACCAGCAUCGGCGACGAAGGAGGAUUUGCUCCUCCUAUUUCUCAACCCCACGAAGCACUUGAUCUCCUGGUCGAGGCUGUAGCAGCAGCUGGAUAUACCGGUCGUAUCAAGUUCGCCAUGGACCCUGCUUCAUCAGAGUUCUUCCACGAUGGCAUCUACGACCUGGGAAUUAAAGACAAAGUCUCUCCUAAAUUGACCCCACCUGAACUCUCGGACCUGUAUAGGGAGUUGAUUGCAAAGUAUCCGAUUGUGUUACUAGAAGAUCCUUUUGCGGAGGAUGAUUGGGAGACUUGGAGUAAAUUUAUGGCGAAGGGGAGGGAGGUAGAUGAUGGUGUGGAGAGAAUGCCGGAGAUCGUUGGAGAUGAUCUGACCGUUACGAACGUGGAGAGGGUCAGGGAGGCGAAAGAGAAGGAGGCGUGUAAUGGAUUGUUGUUGAAGAUCAACCAAAUCGGCACCAUUACGGAGGCUAUCGCUGCUGCGAAUCUGGCAUUCAGCUACGGAUGGGGAGUCUUUGUCUCGCAUCGUUCUGGUGAGACAACCGAUGACUUUAUCGCAGAUUUGACAGUCGGUCUUAGAACCGGUCAUCUGAAGACCGGUGCGCCAGCGAGAGGAGAGAGAGUUGUGAAGUACAAUCGUCUCAUGGAUAUCGAAGACGAGAUUAGAGCGAGUGGCGAGGAAAUGAAGUUUGCUGGGAAGGAAUUUAGAACCACGCAUGGGAAAAUGGCAGAUCCGAAGAUGCCGUUCAAUGUCUAUGGAUACUAG